UGUAGUACAGGUAGUGAUAGUGAUUAGUGUAGACACUUCUUUCAGUCUUCUUAUUGAUUUGUUCUGUCAGACAGGCGAACACAGGCGAAGUUUAGUUGAAUCAGUAACUGUUCAUGGCACCUAUGUUGCGAAAGGCGCCCCACCUCAUCGAAUGAAGGCUAAAAACGCGAGGAGAGAAAGAGAGAGAGAGAAACCUAUCCCUAGGUGCAGGACUGUUCGAACUAGAAAGUGGGGGCACAUUACGACCGGUUACGUUUAGUGACGGUUCAGCAACGCUCCUCACAAUAGCCAUUCUGACUUUACCGACAACACUGAAUGGUGUUUGGCUAGAAGACUUGAAGUGAUCGCCUAUGCCCAGCCCCGGCAGGCAGAGUUCAAUACAGACAGUCAGUAGUACUAGUAGUAGCUGGUCUAGUCAGUCCCGGACGACAUAGCAGAGCGCAGUGCAGUGCAGAGACCACCUGGAUAGCGUUUUACCGACAAUAGCCGCACAAUGUCGGACAAAGACGAUGACAGCAGUCUGAAUAAAAGCGACGAUGACAUGGCCAACUACUUGGAUGACUUUGAAGACGACGAUGACUUCAAUGCUGACGAUGGUGGCGCCAACGAUACCCAGGACAGUGACACAGAGGACAAGGAGCUUGAGAAGAUGCUCGAAGCUGACGAUGCCAUGAAUGUAGAAUUCGAGAAGAGCCUGGCCAUGCUCCCUACCAGGUCUGAGGAUGAGGGCGUGAGCAAAGUCGCACUGCCACCAACACCACAGGCUGCAGGCAGCCACGCUUCUCCUCGAGCCACGCCAGAAGAGAAGCACAAAGAAGAGACCGCCACCGUGGUAUCAAAGACGACCAUUAAGGCCUGGGAGUCGGCUGAAAAUGCCGAUGGCCUUGGGGGGUCUGCACAGGAUGUUGUCGUAUUGGAGAUCGAUGGCCGGCUGGAACUGGUCCACAACGAUGACAUCCGGGCGCAGGACAUGAUUGGAUUGGCACCGGAGGCAGAAGAGAAGGAAGCCGAACAGUUGCAAAGGGAGCGGGAGAAGAAUGCACAGCAAGAGUUGGAACAAAAGGAGAACAAGAGGAGAGAAAAGCAAUCAACAAGUCAAACUAGUUUGUCCAAUCAGUCGAGUAUUCAAUCCACUGGUGGUACUAGCAGUACUAAGCGGCCAGAAAAACCUGGUAGCAAAGAGGCCUGGGCAGCCCCUGGCCAGUCUACAAAGCCAUCCACCAGCACUGCAGCUGCCAGCAAGAAAGCCUUAACUGCCCAGUCACAACUAUACUCAACACAGUCCAUGCCAAGCUUCGGCACUUCACGGUCUACCUCCAAAGGAGCAUCACAUCUCAAGUCGAUGCAAAGCUCGACCGAUGACGGUGCCUUCAAUGCCUGGCUUUCACGGAAGAAGAAAAAAGAUAGGGCAAAAUCAGCGUCAAGACAACCGUCUACCUUAUCAAAAGCGGAAAUAGAAAAGCAGAAGCGAGAAAGUGGCGAGGCAGCUUUUGCUGGUUGGCUUGAGCAGAAGAAGGAGAGGCAACGCAAGGAACUACAAAUGAAGAAGCGGCUUGAGGCUAAACAAAAAGAGGAGGAGAAAGAAAGAGAAUCUCGUCAGAAAAUGAGUGAGGGCUUGUACGAGGGAUGGUGCUCAGAGAAGUCGAAGCAGAAGCGCCUCGAAGCGGAGCUUGCACAGCUUGCAAAGGAGCACGAAGAGGCCAGGAUAAAGACAAUAACUGAGGAGGAGAACCAUGAGGCAUAUCAACGGUGGAUCCAGAGAAAGGAAACGGAGGCGCUUAAAACGCAAGAACUAAUGGCACUAAAGCGACAAAAACAGGUUGAAGAGGCGCGGCGAAUCAAGAGGUCCCUUGAGUUACGCUACCACCCUCGGUACUAACACUGCACUGCGUGUUGACAGCAGAGGAAAGAAGACUGUUUUCUCGCUCUCAGCCAUAGUCAUGCAGGCGUCCAAUCCAGACCUUGAUCCAACAUUAGUCAAGUCCUCAGACACUGGAAAGAGUGUGGUCUGAUCUGGCUGCUGAAUUUGAUGACACGUGUCGCUAGGUAUGCCAUUGUCCAAGCCCGUCAGGUUUUCCGCAACGAGAGCUCCACGUGUGUGUGUGUGUGUGUGUGUGUGUGUGUGUGUACGUGCGUGUGUCAAGUACGGUGCACAUAUUUCCAGAAACUUGAGUUCACAACAAGAUGCUACGACUAUGUCUAGCUCUGUGGUGCUGCUGCUUGAGAUGUCAGCUGUAUGUUGGCGAUCUUCUUGUACAUCCCAGUUAAUGCAGUCACCCCAUGCACUAACUUCCCGGCCUUCUCAAGACAAGUCCGCUUUAUACUCUAUGAGCUUGCACUGCAGCAGCUUUACCAAUACCUAUAAUAACAAAGUGAUGUACAGUUGGUACAUAGGAGCUACCACAUCACACUGACUGUAUAAUUAUAACACUAUCGACCCGCACUGUUGGCUUGCCUAGCUACAUGUCAGUGGAGCACUGCCGUCCUGUCUCAGUGCUACCUUGGCAUCACCUUGGAGGAUUAUCACGAGCUGCCUUGUUCUUUGCCGUGACUGUCUCGCCGGUAUACUGUACACGUGUUAGCCACUCUCGUCUGGUGUUGAGACUGCAUAUCGGACCAAUCACUAACUAGGGAAUGACCCCAUGUGAUAAGUAUUUCAAAGCCAAACCUGGCACACUGAGGACAGUGAGGUGCUAGUGAUUAUAGUUAGUAUUACAGUCAUUGACCAGUGAAACAUACGCCAUUGACCAGUGAAACAUACGCCAUUGACCAGUGAAAGGUCCUGUCACGGUGUUGCCAGUGUUCCAGUGAA